GUGCUUGUUUCUGUUUUUCUUGCUGCGAGAAGGAAUCUUAGUUCAAGUGGGUUACCAGGACCAAUAGCCGUCUCAUUUAGAAAUCUCUCUCUUCUUGAGUCAUUGAAUUUGAAGGAAAUAACUUGACUUGGUUUGUCCCAAGAUCUCCUAGGAAAAGAACAAUGGCUGGUGGACUUGCACUGAGAGGUACAUUUUAUUGUCAAAACCCCAGAACUUGCACUGAGAGUGUGGAUGAACAUAACAUUUGUCACCCACGUUCAUGUCAGGAUGGGAACAGAAUCAUCGUGCCAAUAGUUGUAGCCACAUCAUUUCGAUUGUCAGUUAAGGACUGGAGGUCCAUUCGGAACAAUGAGCUUGCUGGUGUUGUGGCUGUUGAAGUUACUGGUGGCCCUGAAAUUCCUUUCCACCUUGGAAGAGAGGACAAACCCCAACCACCUCCAGAGGGUCGUCUUCCUGAUGCUACAAAAUGCUACAAAGAGUUUUGAUCACUUGAGAGGCUAAGCAGAUGGGCUUCUCUGACAAGGACAUUGUUGCUUUAUCUGGUGCCCACAUUCUAUUUCUCCAUUUCAGAGCUAACAACACUUGUGAAAAAGGUCAUACUUGUAAGCAAUGACCUUCACAAAUAAAGGUCAUUUCUUACA